AUGUUAGGCUUCAGGGAUGAGGGUUUCACGCCCUGUCCUUCCCGAUCUCGCGCGUCACGGCCAAGUGAAGGUCAAGAAUCCAGCUUCUUCAACAUAUUCCUAGAUGAGCAGGCCUCUGGAGAUGAUACAGAAAAUUUGGAGUUUACUACGGAAAUCCAGGGCUCGACACUAAUUGAGACACGCCCUCGACGCAGCACUCGCUCCAUGCUAGUGGAUAACCGGGGCAACGUGGACAAAGUUGGUGUUCACCCUGCCAUCGAAGUUGGUUGUCACAAACGUAAGAUUUCCAGCGCGGAAUCUCGUGACAUCUCCCAUCCUAGACCAUCGUUGCUCGCUCAGCCCGCUCAAAGGUUCCGGAAAAAUGUCGAUCGUGGCUUGAAAACCUCGUCACAAACAACGCUGCCGAAAACGAACAGUCGAUCUGUCCCUCGGGCAGCCGACGUUCAUCCCAUCGACCCACCUAACUCUACAUCUCUGCAUUCGGGAUAUCCUUGCUUCAGCAACAGUCCCAAGCCUUCGAGACAGGGGAAUAUCAGUCGCGGAAGGCAUCCAGUCCCACCAACAACCCAGGCGCCACGUGUAUUGGGAGACUCAUCCAGUCUUCCCAAGAUGUCUGUUACGAAGUCACCCGCUCAGGCUGUGGGAAAACUUCGAUCCCGUGGCAGUGAGUCCGACGGAAAGAAGAAACGAGUCCCAAAGCCUUCAGCCGUGCUCGUGCCCAAGCUUCCUCUGCAGCCAAGCACAAAAAUUACACAGCAACCUGCAACUGCGGUAGAUAUUCCCGGCAGAAAUGGUGGGAAGGAAAACAUCCCACCCGGUGCCCUUCUUGAAGAAAUGGAGGAAAAGCGUCUUUUCUCCAUUCAGGCAAAGCCGAGGCGUUUGGAUACCGCUGCACCGACAGCUAUGAGACCGCGCACUACGAAGGUUGUGGAGAAGACUCUGCCUAUGGUUCAGUCUCUGGCCGUAGGAGGGGAAACCCCACGAUCGAUUGAAUCCGUUGGCGUUGAGCAUGUGUCUAUGCGUGCGCUGUCUUCUUCAAUCACCUCUGACAGACCUCAGCCGUGGGUUCUUCGGGGUGCUUCCUCGUCCUUGGAUGCUCGUGCGAAUGCAGUGCUAUGGAAUUGCCAGGGAAAAGCAAGCAGCACGAAUGCCGAGUCUUGUCGCCCUACUCGGACCAAAAGCCUGUCGACCCCGACUGCUUGUGAAGAAGUUUUAUUUUCUCGACAGGAGACUGUCAUUACGCAAUUACUUAACUCUCUCUUCCAACCUGCAACUAAGGGCUCGGACACUGCAAGCGUUGACAAGCUUCCACAAAUCGAUGACGGAAAAUCCUACAUAUCUCGAGAACUGCAAGGAUACAACUAUGCAAUCCAAAAUCUCGCUGUCGAUCUCAGGGACGGAGUACGACUGACUAGGCUCGUCGAGAUACUUUUAUUCACAUCGACACGCAGACACCCCCUUGCCUGCGUCAAACUCGGGACUUUUGCGACACUGCAGGAUAUGCUCGCAAAUUCACUCUCUAAGCGACUGCGGUUUCCUUGUAUUAGUCGGUCUGCAAAGCUUCAUAAUGUUCGGAUCGCACUUUCAGCUCUGCGAUCAGCUCGGAUUGCCACGCCAGUGAUGAAGGAUUUACGGGCAGAUGAUAUUGUUGAUGGCUUCAAGGAGAAGACCAUUGCGCUGCUCUGGGCUUUAAUCAACCCGUGGGGCCUUGCAAAUCUUCUUGACCUGCAAGAUCUUCGCACGGAGAUCGGUCGCCUCGAACGCAAGGCUGUUUUGAAUGAAGGGCCAUGCCUCACCCCGAAGGUUUCUCUUGAUGAACUUGACCCUCCCAAGCUCCUUGGACGGUGGGCCAUGAUCCUGGCAGCCACUGAAGGGUUGGAGGUCGGAGAUACGGUCACCAGCCUCCCUGAGGGCCAGGUCUACGAGAGAAUUCUUGUCGAAUACGAGCCAUUCGUCGUGAACAAGGAAUUUCCCGGAGGCAAUUACGAGGCGAAAAGCUCGGACUCGAUGCAUCUCGCAUCUCGAGCACAACUUUUGGGCUGCAGUCCCCAUCUAGCACGUCUCAUCACCCAAGUUGAAGCCAGAGUUUAUCCUGGCAAUGCCGACCUGACGAUUGGCACACUUGCGUUUCUGUGCUCGCGGCUCCUCUCGGCUUCGAAACGAGGUCGAGCGGCGGCAGUCAUCCAAAAGUCUUGGAGAGCCCAUGUGGUGAAGCGUGAUAGGAAUCAACAAUAA